CCUUUGUCGAGGUCAGUUGUGUCUAGUGUUUGAAAGUGCGCGCGGCAAAAAGUGUUAUUUUAAACCCCAAAGCUUCGUCCAUAAGACCGGCGAAGCGCAUCAAAUGUGAUUUAAAUAUAAUCGGUAGAAGGUAUGCGGGCUAAAAAGAUACCCGCUGCCUUGCUACUGUUGCUGUUCGCAAUAGACUCCUUACACGCAAACAGGAGGAAGCAAAAAGAGAAAAUUAUACAGACAACCACAAACAUUUGCGACAUAAGCGAUCGAGACUCCAAAGUGCACUGCUACUGCGAAAACAGCCCUGAAAUAAACGAGGCAAUUAAAACAGAAUGCUGGGUAUUCAACGGCGGUAUAGACAAGACAGAUCCUUUAUGGCCCAGUUUCACUUCACAGACAAAUAUAGAAACGUUGGCUUUCAACGUCAGAGCGGACGGUGGAUUAAGUUUCGUGCCAACAAAGAUUUUAAGAUACUUACGCAAAUUGAAGCACUUUAGCAUAAAGUACAGCUCGAUACUUAAGAUUGAGAGCAACACUUUCGUCAACUUAACGUCGAUACAAGAGAUGACACUGACGAAAAACCAAAUAGUUGUCCUAAGUAAAAAUGCUUUUUAUAACCUACCCAAUCUAACGAUACUAACGCUAGAUGAGAAUAAAUUGAGGAAACUCGAAACGGACACCUUUUAUGAGCUACCGGCCUUACAAAAACUAUUUUUAACUAGUAAUAACAUAAGUGUCAUAGAAGACGGUGCUUUUCGGCAUCUAGUUAAUCUAUUAGAACUAGAACUGGAUAGGAAUAAUAUAAGCGAUUUAAAGAAAGAGUGUUUCGAUGGACUAGCUAAUUUGAAACGUCUAGACAUAAGGAGAAAUAAGAUAGCCGUACUAAACUCAUUUACAUUUAUCGAAUUAUGGAACCUUCAGGAGUUGUUAUUAGACUAUAAUGAGAUUUAUAUAUUAGCUCAGAGGACGUUCGAUGGGUUAUCACAGUUGAAAAAAUUGAGCUUAAGUCACAAUAAGUUGGUGACGUUAACCGAUGGCCUGUUUGAAGGAGUUCGAGGAUUAGCAGCCUUAGAUUUAAGGCAUAACAAGUUAAAAAGAUUCACGAUGGAAAAUCUUCGGCCAAUUUACGAUAACUUGAAGAUGCAGAAAAGCUUCAUCUAUUUGGAAGGAAACGACUUUGACUGCGAUUGCCAUCUGGCAUGGAUGCACAAACUCCGGCACGAAGCGAAGAGUAUCAAAGUGAGGACGUCCUUAGAAAAUUUCAUUUGCAAAUUUAACGCUGAUCCGGCUUUAAGUUCUCAUCUCACGUAUUAUGAAAGAAUGAGUACGAGUAAUAAUUUAGAAGAAGUGGAAAAGAUUAGGAACGAUUUGGAUGGGCCUGAUGAGUUAACUGAGGAUGUUGAUGAUAUUUACUUAGAUGAACCGAAGAAAGUAAGGGCUGACAAUGAAAGGACGUUGUUGCAAAUACCUGUGGAGUUGCUCCCUUGUCCAGCUGAAGUGAAAAGCGUUACAGACCGUACGUACACGUAUCCCUCUCAAAAUGAGGCCAAAGAUUAUAGAAAUCUUAUAUAUUCGUCAUCUCCGAUGCGCUUGGAUAAAAAUCAUUUAGUUUUUCUACUUCUGUUAUAUUUAAUGGUGAUUCAGUUUUAAAUUCAAAGUUGUGAAAUAUUUACGAUUUUCAAUUGUUUAUAAAACAAUUUUU